AUGUCAAAGUUGAAGGCCAAGGGUUCGGCAGCGGAAGACGAUAAGAAACCCUCGAAGAGCGCUCUGAAGAAGGCCGCGAAGAAGGCCGAAAAAGAUGCGAAAAAGAAGGAGUCUGCUGAGAAGAAUCGCGCCGAUGAAGCCGGCAAAGUUGAAGAUGAUUUUGCCAAAGAUAAAUACGGCUCUUUGCCACUGAUUCGCUCAACCGAAAAACCUGAUCGUGUGAUCCUCAAUGUCGAGGAUUUGGAUCAGUCGUACGACGAUAAGGUGGUUUGGGUUCGCGGCCGUCUUCACACUAGCCGGGCUACUGGAAAGCUGUGCUUCUUUGUUCUUCGACAGAAGCAGUACACUAUUCAGUGUGUACUUGCGGCUUCGGAGACUGUGAGCAAACCUAUGGUCAAGUUUGCUGCUUCAAUCAACAAGGAGUCAAUAAUUGACAUUCAGGGAUUGAUCAAGACGGCGCCGGCUAAAAUUGAAAGCUGCACUCAGCAAAACGUCGAAGUCCAUGUGGAAAAAGUUUACGUUGUCAGUAACUCGGAGCCAGUUCUGCCCUUUCAACUUGAGGAUGCGUCCAGGCCUGACAGUGAGGUAAAGGAAGGUGGUGAAGGGGUGGCCAUUCGCGUGAACCAGGACACUCGGCUGGAUAACCGAAUCAUUGACUUGCGAACUACCACUAAUCAGGCAAUUUUCCGCCUGGAGGCUGGUGUUGUCAAAGUUUAUCGCCGAAUUCUUGAAGAACGGGGUUUUGUGGAAAUUCACACCCCAAAGAUUAUCUCUGCUGCCAGUGAAGGUGGAGCCAAUGUGUUUCAAGUGAGCUACUUUAAAGGAAGUGCCUAUUUAGCUCAAUCACCGCAAUUUUACAAACAAAUGGCCAUUGCUGCUGACUUUGAAAAGGUUUUCACUGUUGGAGCCGUUUUCCGGGCUGAAGAUUCAAACACCCAUCGUCACUUGUGUGAGUUUGUUGGUCUUGACUUUGAAAUGGCUUUCAAGUACCACUACCACGAGGUACUUGACAUGAUUGGUGAGCUUUUUGUGGGACUAUUCAAAGGACUGCAAAAAGAGUACGCGAAGGAAAUUGAAACUGUCAAUCGACAGUAUCCUGAAGAGCCGUUUAAGUUUCUGGAACCAUCGCUUCGCAUUGAGUAUUGCGAGGCUGUCAAGCUGCUGCGAGAGCAUGGCGUUACCAUGGGCGAUGAAGAAGAUCUUACUACUGCCAAUGAAAAGUUUCUGGGUAAAAUAAUUAAACAGAAGUACGACACUGACUUUUACAUCCUGGACAAGUUUCCGCUGGCUGUGCGUCCCUUCUACACGAUGCCUGACCCGGGAAACUCGAAAUAUUCUAACUCUUAUGACUUGUUCAUGAGAGGCGAAGAAAUCAUGUCCGGUGCUCAGCGUAUUCACGAUCCCGAGUUCUUGAUUGAGCGUUGCAAGCAUCACAAUAUCGACAUCAGCACAGUUAAGUCGUACAUUGACUCCUUCCGCUACGGAUGUCCUCCUCAUGCUGGCGGUGGAAUUGGUCUUGAGCGUGUGACCAUGCUUUUCUUGGGUUUGGACAACAUUCGCAAGACGUCACUCUUUCCACGUGAUCCAAAACGCCUUACACCCUGA